CGGGCACCAUGCUGCCCUCGCAGGAGGCCUCCAAGCUCUACCAUGAGCACUACAUGCGGAACUCGCGGGCCAUCGGCGUGCUAUGGGCCAUCUUCACCAUCUGCUUCGCCAUCAUCAACGUGGUGGUCUUCAUCCAGCCCUACUGGGUGGGCGACAGCGUGAGCACCCCCAAGCCUGGCUACUUCGGCCUCUUCCACUACUGUGUGGGCAGCGGGCUGGCGGGCCGCGAGCUUACCUGCCGCGGCUCGUUCACCGACUUCAGCACCAUCCCGUCCGGCGCCUUCAAGGCAGCCGCCUUCUUCGUGCUGCUCUCCAUGGUGCUGAUCCUCGGCUGUAUCACCUGCUUUGCGCUUUUCUUCUUCUGCAACACGGCCACGGUCUACAAGAUCUGCGCCUGGAUGCAGCUCUUGGCAGCUCUGUGCCUUGUGCUGGGCUGCAUGAUCUUCCCCGACGGCUGGGACGCCGAGACGAUCCGGGACAUGUGUGGGGCCAAGACCGGGAAGUACUCCCUGGGGGACUGUUCAGUGCGCUGGGCGUACAUCCUGGCCAUCAUCGGCAUCCUCAACGCCCUCAUCCUCUCCUUCCUCGCCUUUGUGCUGGGCAACCGGCAAACAGACCUGCUGCAGGAGGAGCUCAAGCAGGAGAACAAAGAUUUUGUGGGCUCUACAGUAAGCUCUGUGUUGCGGCCAGGGGGUGAUGUCUCCGGAUGGGGAGUCCUCCCCUGUCCCGUCGCUCACUCACAGGGACCCUGAGGGCCAGGAUCACAGCCCAGGAAUUGACCUGUCCUCAGCUUCUCCCGUUGCCUGCCCUCUCAUCCCUUCAUUCAAGCUCCAGGGGAAGACCCCAUCGAGGACUGACUUCUCAUCUGCUACCUGCCUGUAGCUCCAGGCUUUGAAGAGAUCGGGGCUGGGAUGCAGUGUGGGGGAGGGCCUGAUUCUGCUCUUCCCUCAACUGACCUAAGGGAGCUGGAGCCCCGGGCCCUUGGGCUUCUCCUUUUCUCCCUAGCCUGGCCUGGGGACCCUGCAAAGUCUCCAGGGGAAGAGACGCCAUGGUUCCAGUUCCCCAGGCCCCCUCAGUCUGGAGGGCUGCUGCCUGGCUGUAUCCUUGCCUCCUCUGGUCCCUGCCUCCUGCAGAAACUUAUUCAAGACAUUGGCCUAGGGUGGACCGGACUUUUUCCUAUUUUUUUCUCCUCCGAUGAUGGUUCCAUCAUAUCAUUACAGAGCUCCAGGCGCCACCAGCCUCCCUGGGGCCUCUCUGCCACCCGCUCCAGCCUGUUCUCACCUCUCCCAAAGGAGUCUGAGCUGCACUGAGGGAGAAAGCACAGGGCCUCCCUGUCAACGGCUGACUGGGGCCCUGGGCAGCCCAGAGACUGAGGACAGACAGGCUCUGGAGGCAGUAGGAGGGGGUGCUCGGACUCCUGUCUUGAUGGCAUCUGAUCAUGGCAGCUGGGGCUGGAAGGGGCUCAACCUGGGGCUGGCCCGGCCUCCUCUCUGCUGGGGUGUCUCACCAGUGACUGGACCCUUGACCCCAGCCUGUUUUGUACAGCACAGACUUCUUGGCCCUGUUGUCAGGGCUGGGGGUUUGGGAGGGGGGCCCGAGAGUGGGGAAUUAGGGGAUACAUCACCCCUCUGCCCCUUCUCAUGCCCCCAGCCCAGGCAUCUGCCAAGGGCAGAGACUGUCUUGCCUCUUUGAUACUUUUUCUGCAUAACUUGAACUUGCAGGUCACCUCUGAACAGGGUACCCCCUGUCCCCAUCCCCAGGCCUUGUAACCCUAUCCCUACCUCCACUUCCUCCCCUUGCCCACCUCUCGCCUUGCGGUAUGCCCAGGGUCUGCAGCCCAAUGGGCAGUGCUUGGAGCUGAGGCAUGAGUGUGUGUGUGUGUGUGUGUGUGUAUGUGUGCGCGCGUGCAUGUGUGUGACAGAGUGAGUGUAUGUGUGCACGCGCGUAUGUGUGUGUGUAAGUGUGUGUGGCGGGGGGCAGAUGGGGAGUCUUCUCUCUCUUUCCCCUCCUAAUGGGGGGGCGUCUCCUUUCCCUUUGGCCGGGAGCAAGUGAGGGAGACUCCAGGUGUUUCUAAACUCCCCUCGCUGCCUGGUGGACCUGGCAGGCAGUAGAGCCAUCUGGCCUGGGACAUGGACAGCCCCUUUCAGCUCCCAGUUCAGGUGGCAGGUUGGUUUCAUCUAGUGUGCCUACUACUGUCUUCAGGUACUGGGAGGAAGUACUGGUCCACUGUGUAGCAGGAGCACGAGGCCUCUGCAGGUUCAGUGGGGAAGCUUGUCAUCACUUCCUAUCCGGGUCUCAUCCAAAGGAGGGGAGAAAAGCAGCGAGUGCCAUGUAUUUGCCAAUCUUGUGUUCAUUUCCAUAGGACUUGGACCUGAGAGGGUUUCCAAGACAGACCCUAGAAAUCCUCUGCCUGAGACCCCCAUCUGGACCCUAAUUGGAGUCAGAUGCUGGGUCCUGGUAGGAUUCCUGAAACCUGGAACUUACCAAGUCUUGACCUUCCACCCUCUCCACCGACUCCCCCAUCCUGGGCAAACACCUUUCGUCUGGUGCUCUGGCUCCAGCCCCAUGCUCCCCUCUCCCGCUCCCCCAGGGCUCUACCUGCAGUGUGGGGCUCUACACCUGGGGCCUGUGCUAAAUGGGAGGGUCUGGGGAGCCUCAUGGGAGGCAGUGGGGGGCAGAAGUGAGUUCCUUAAAGAUCCAAACCAAAGCCCAGUGUUGGCAGGCUACAGGGUGGGUGGGCAGGAGCCAGUAUCUGGGAAGGGGGAGAGAUGGGAGAGAGCCAGAAUGAGAAAGGGGAGAGAAGGGGUGGAGAGGCAGAGAAAUGGGGAAAGGAGAGAUGAAGAGUGUAGGGGAGAGGGGACCCUGAUGCAGAGAGCCUGGAGGUAGUGGGGAGGUGGCCGGGAAGAUGGAGAAGGAAUAGGGACAGGGAAGGAGGCAAAUGGAGAGGUGAGGUGUGGACAGCAGACUGGAGUGCAGGGGGAUGGCAUGAGGAGGAGAGGAGGGUAAUGGGGGCAGGACAAUGAGGAACAGGAGUGGCUGCUGUGUGUGCACUGUGUGCAGGGCCCCUGUUCCCCCAAGGGGACUGCUGGGGGAGUGUGGGGGCAAUGGAGCCCUGUUGUGGGAGGGGGGGAUGUUAGAACCGCCCCUCAGAGGCUGAGGCUACUGCCCACCUCUUUGGGGCAGGGUCAUGACUG